CUGACUUUGUGGAACGAAAUGCAGACCCAAACGUAGCUCACGCAUGGUGAGUGUCGGGAUUGAUUGCGUUUGGCCCCUGAGCGAUUCCAUCGCGGAAUCUUGACAUGGGGAAAAGGGGGCAAAGCAAAUCUGAUUCCCUCAAGGAAUCAGACCGCAAAAGAAAGAAAAGAGAUGAGGCUACUCCACAGAAGGCAUCAUUAUCUUCAAAGAAGGCGAAAGAGGAGUCGAACGCCAAAAAGCCUGACCAAAUAAACAAGAGCAAAGGGGAUCUGCAGAAUCUGAAAAAACAAGAAGAGAAAAAGGAAACCAAAGAGCCGAUUAACCCCAAAUCUGAAGAUGCCAAAGAUGAGGACAACGAAGAGGAAAGUCGACAGUUGGAUGCUCUCCUUGGCGAUGCACCUGAUGUUUCUGCUGAGAAAGGUUUUAAGCGCAAGCAAAGAGAAGAGGCCGCAUUGCUACAGGUGCCGCCGGUGGAAACAGACACAGAAUACGAUCAGCCCGACAUUUCCACCUUCCCAGAAAAGCUUGUCAUAGAGGGGUCUUCCUACGACAAGCUGGAUGGCAUGUACAGGAUCUUGCCCGAGCCAAGCCGGGGGAGGCCCGCCUACUGCAAGGUAGGCAGCAGCAAGAACCUGUACCUGUACUGGUAUUCUGGAAAACGUUGGCAGAUUGGCUUCGAGUUUGGGGCGAAGAAGUGCGUAGCGAGCAUCCAAGAUCGUGGCGCUCUUAAGCCACCUCUUGACCCAUAUCCGCACACAUGGAAGGCAAUCGAGAAGAAUUCAGCAGAUGGUGUCAAGAAAGAAAAACCGGCCAAGGACAAGCUGAAGUGUCUCAGAAUGCGGGUCGUUGAGGAGAGACUCCGGCAAGCUGCGACUGAUUUUCUUGAGGAAAUGAGUCCAGCUGUAGAGUCUGCGCAGAAGAGCAGGUAUGAGACUCAGAUGACUCCGAUGGCUCAGGAGAAAGAGGAUAGCCAAGAGCCUGAACAGGAGCCGUCUUCAUCGUCACAACCAUCAGCGCCCUCCAAACCCGCACAAUCAAAGACCAAAACCAAAGCAGUGAAGAGGCCUUCCCCAAAGAAGCCUGCUGUGUCAAAAGUGCCUAAGAACUUGGUCGUUGAUGAAGAAGCAGCCAUCGUGAUGAAGCAUCAACAGAGUGACAGCGAUGACGAGUCCAAGGCAACAGGGAAGGCCACAUCUUCACAGCCUUCGGACAGCAACGCAGAAACCUCUGACAGUGAGAGCGACAAUGAGUCAACCUCAUCCGAAUCGGUCUCAGAAGAGGAACCAGAUGCUGAUUUCGAGGCCAUGGGUGAACAAGCUCAAAGCAUCGUAAAGAAGCUCAAGAAUUUUGAAAAAAAUCAGGCGGUCACCAAGUUUAACCAACUGAUGCAAGUACAAAGGAGUAAAUCAAAGAACGGCAGCUUGAUUCCGUUUAAUGGCUGCAACGUCGCGGACAUGAAGCAUCUUUUUCAGUGGGCCAUGCGGCAUCUGGGUGUCGCAAACCCGUUGAACACUUCAGCGCUGCCGCAGCCGGCACCAAGAACGCCAGAGCAACCGCAGCCCCGUACUCCUCCUCCAGUUGAAGAGGAGGCUCCCAGAAGUGAUGCAGUAGCACAGCUCCCGCAUCACACGAUGGCGGCACCAAAGUCAGUGCUGAAAAAGCCCGGCCAGCCAUCUGGGCCUGUGCGUCGCGUGCAGCACGCUCAAGAAGAUUUUCAGGUAAUGGUAAUAUCCCACAAGUCGUGCGGCGAGGGUUUGUGGUUUCAAUGCCCUGGAUCUUUCGUCAAUUGCGACACGUGCGACCGGCCGGUGCCGCAAGCUAUGGGCUGUCUACAGGGCGCUCCAGCUCGAUCACAAUUUGCCCAACACUUGUUCCUGUGCCAAGAUUGCUCGUCUAGACCGGGCUAGCGAGUCUCAUAUUGAAUCGCCGCGGGUACCGAACAUUUGGACCGUUGCCGCGCGUUCAUUAUGUAAAAUAGAUCAUUUCUCGAGAUUAGCUUUUAGUUGCACAGAGCUGCAGCUAUGGGGUUUGCUGCAAUGAAUGGUGACUUCGUGUUUCAGAG